AUGGGGGUUGAAGCUGAAAUUGAAGACAAAAAAUGGUGUUACACAUGGGAAUCACAAUCUCACAUACCAAUCCUCUGCUUAUUCCUUUUUCCAUUCUCCAAAACCAUAAACCUCUCUCUCCAACACCACAAUCUCACUGUUCACCUUCAUUCUCCACCCACUUUCCUCACUCUCACUUCCUCCUCUUCCCUCUCCCUUAGGGUUCCAAUUCCCAAUGUCUUACUCGACGUCGAGCUUCCUCCCACCGUCUGCUCAUUCACCGGCCAUAUCGAAGUCAAACUCCUCCUCUUACUCCCCAUCGAUCACCCUGCCCUCUAA